CCAGCAGCCAAUAAGAAAUCGGCAUGAUCCGGAAAUGAUGCAAGGAGAAUUGUUUUGAGACGAGCAGAAGUGAAGGAUGGGAUCUUCCACAGAGAACCAUAAGUACAGGGACACUGUGACACAGUGUGAAAUGUCAACCGGAGAAAGUCACAAGGUCGUCUUUGAGAAAGAGGGUGUGUUUCUGCACACAAGCACAAAACGGAAUAAUGACCAGGAUACACUUAUCCCCGGGGUAAUUCGGAUCCUCGAGAAGGGUUCUGAUACUGUGAUGGAUUGGACUCCAAUCAGUGAGAGCCGAGAGCAUCCUCAAUUCCUGUACUCCAAGAAGGAUUCCACCGUAAAUGGGGCCAGUCACACAGAGGAGGAGAUGUUUGACCCAGGUUACGAACCAGAUUGGGCCGUUAUUAGCACAGUAGGAACCAGGGUGCGCCCACUGGAGGAAUUACCUGCUGCAACCCAGUGCUCCGGAACAUCCAGCAAGUGGGCAUUCUCUCUCAGUCUGUCUGAACUCAAAUCCAUCCGGAAAAACAAGCCCGGCCUGGGCUGGUCGUACCUCAUCUUCAUCAGCAAAGAUGGCAUCUCCUUCCCAGCUCUUCACUUCCACGCCGGUGGCACCAGAGCCUUACUCAAGUGCCUGUGUAAAUACGUAGUGCUGGCCACUUCCAAGAAGGACCCUCGUCUUUAUCUGGUCUACUCUCAUGAUUCUCACGCUUUGUCCCAAUCCUUUGACGAGUUGCAGCUAUUCGAUGAGCAUUCUUCAGAUUUGGUGUCUCGCUUUAUACAAGACCCUUAUGCUGCCACUUUCGGCAGCUUCUCCAAAGUGACCAACUUCCUGCGUGGAGCACUGCGGCCCCAAGAUGGUCCCCGGCACCGUCCGCUGCGCGAGAUGGCGAGCGGGCUGGACUUGGAGCAGCAGGACGAGCCGGGCUUCGAGGUCAUCACCUGUCAAGCUGAUCUGGGCCAGAGGCCCACUGUACAGAGGCAGGAGACUCUAACAGCAGUGGAGUGGGAAAAACAUCUGGACCCAGAGGGAAGAGUUCAUGAUGUGGAAGAAUUGAAGAAAAAGAUUUUCCAAGGAGGACUGUGCCACAGCAUCCGUCGGGAGGUCUGGAAGUUCCUGCUGGGAUACUACCCCUGGGACAGCACAGCUGAGGAACGCAAAGCUGUGGUGAAGCAAAAAACGGAUGAGUAUUUCCGGAUGAAACUGCAGUGGAAGUCGGUGACUGAGGAUCAGGAGCGCCGGAAUUCCCUGCUGCGAGCAUACAAGAGCCUGAUUGAACGGGACGUCAGCAGGACCGAUCGCAACAACAAGUUCUACGAGGGGAACGACAACCCAGGCUUGGUGCUGCUGAAUGACGUGUUGAUGACUUAUUGCAUGUACAACUUUGAUCUGGGUUAUGUUCAGGGAAUGAGUGAUCUCCUCUCGCCAAUACUGUACGUUACGCAGAACGAAGUCGACUCCUUCUGGUGUUUCACGGGCUUCAUGGAACAAGUGCACCGUAACUUCGAGGAGAGUCAAGAGAGCAUGAAGGAGCAGCUGGAGAAGUUGGCCCUACUCCUGAGAGUGCUGGAUUCAGCCCUCUGUGAUUUCCUAGAUUCCAGAGAGUCGGGGAACCUGUGUUUCUGCUUCCGCUGGCUCCUCAUCUGGUUUAAGCGGGAAUUCUCUUUCCCAGAUAUACUGCGGCUGUGGGAGGUACAGUGGACAGGCCAACCAUGCCCAAAUUUCCACCUGCUGGUCUGCUGCGCCAUUCUGGACUCCGAGCGUGAUGCGCUGAUGAACCCCAACUACGGCUUCAAUGAAAUACUCAAGCACAUCAAUGAGCUGACCAUGAGAUUGAACGUGGAAGACAUCCUGUGCCGAGCUGAAGCCAUCUUCCACCAGCUAGCGGCCUGUCCGCAGCUGCAACGGAGCGUGCAGCAGAUUCUGGGCCUAGCAGAGGAGACCACCCCCACCCCCAGCUCCAGCUCCAGCUCGGGCUCUGGCACCGGCAGCUCCCCUCAAGCUCUCUCCCCCAGCCAGACGCACGAGUCGGAGCUGACGGACAGCGCCUCGCACAGCCUGCCCGACAGCAGCAUCGAGAUUUUACACACCGAGGACGGCACCAUCGGAUCCGGCCAGAGCCCGUGGCAAUGAGUGCCUUUUAAUCUCUACAUUCCGCUCGGAGAUUUGAAGUAUUCACGGCACUUGCUCACAGAUGUUGUCACAGAAGUUGGCUUGGCUCAUUUGACAAGGAUUUCACUUCGACUCUGAUGUUCGGGCAUUCCAGACCAACUCUGCACAUAACCUAGGCUGACAUACCACUACCAUAGCGAGGGGACACCGCUCUGCCAGAGGUGCCAUCUUUAUCUUCAACUCUGACAUUAAGCCAAGUCAGUCCAUUCUGAUGUGUUGGAUAACACGUCCAACAGCAUUAGUUUAAGAAAAGGGUCAUUUUCCCAAUGUCCUAGCCAACAUUCCUCCCUCAACUUAACACCACCCAGUGCAGAUUGCCCAAUUGGUCACCUGAUUGCUCGUUUGGGAUCUUGCUCUUACACAAGAUGUCUGUAUAUUAAUCUGUGUAUUAGGCUCUACUUUAAGUAAUUAAGUGCUUUGAGGCAUUUCUGAGAUUCUUUGUUAAGAUGCUGUAUACGUUAGCUUUUCUCUAGUAAAAUAUUUCAGUGAAGCUGGUAGAUUUGGGUUCAAGUCCUUGAGACACACUCUGAAUCGCUGUCACUGAGGGGAAGCAGCAAACUAGACACAUGCAAGGUUUUAUUUUGUGUUUGUACUUUAAUGACCUGUGACUUUAUUCUACCUAAAAAUUGGUUGGAAGACCUUUCAUAGACACUAGUUUUAUGUUAAAAUAUUUAUAUAACAAUGUAAUAGGAACAUCUGAUUGAAUGUGUGUGUUUCAAAUUAAUCUUCCAUUGUGCCAUUCUGAUGGAAUGGUGAAAUGUUAUUCACAUAAAUUCAAAUUGCAUUUAAGUUGAGCCGGAAUGUACAGUGUAAUGUCGCCUCUCCCUGCCCAUGUGCAGGUUCGUUUAUCUUCUCUUACCCACUCACUGGGGUUUCUCCGUUUUUUAUUUUUUAGCUUAAAAGUAUAAAUCCCAGACCAUUCAAUCCUCUUGCGAGCUGACAUGGGACAGAAAGCUGCCCCAACUUUUCCAUCAAAAAGGCCUAGUAAAUGGCAAAUACCACAAGUUCUGUCCUUCAGUAGGAUCUAUAGCAUGUGUUUGGACAGUGUAGAGGGAGCUUUACUCUGUAUCUAACCCCAUACUGUACCUGUCCUGGGAGUGUUUGAUGGGGACAGUGUAGAGGGAGCUUUACUCUCUAACACAUGCUGUACCUGCCCUGGGAGUGAUUCACCCUAGGAUUGGAUGCCUGAUGCAGAAAUUUCAUUCCCAGCUCAGAAGUGCACAACUUUGACGCACAAUAUACCUGGUUUAGGCAGAUGCCCACAGUAACCAGCAUUGUGUGCCGAUGCACCAAAUACAAGAUAAUGUAUAGGGUCUGGCUCAAAGCCUGUAAGCUUUUUAAAAAAUUAUUCUUUCACAGUAUGUGGGCAUCUCUGGCAAGACCAGCAUUUAUUAAUUACACUCGAAGGUCUGGUUACAGGAAGGGCAGGUUUUUUAUGUGGUUUUACUAUCUGAUUAGGUGAUCCUUUAUGCUGUCAUGAAUAUCACACCCGCCACCCACCGUUAUCCAAAAAAUGACCCUUUUAUUAUUAUUUAACUGAGGAGUGAUCAGAUCCUGUCAGCUGAUGGCUUAGAAAGUGUCCUUGAGGUUAGCUUAGCCCUGAGCUAUAUCACUUCCCUGUAAAAUGCUGCACACGAUACUGUUUAACUCAGUGCUCAGCAGGUUAGCAAAGGGUUAAUUCUGUGUUCUCUUUGGCUCCUGUGCAGCCAGACAGGAACAGUUGAGUUGAAAGUUCAAUGGUUGUGAUGUGAUCAGAACCAGAUUAUCGAGCUGCCAAUUAACACUAAUUAUAAAAUAUGUAUCUAUCCUUAUGCUGCUUUGAUUUUUUUUUUUUUCUCUAUGUUAUACUAUAGAGUAUAUUUCCCUGAUUGGAGGUAAUCCAGAUGGUGGGCUUUUUUUUUAAAGUACAGAACUAUUAUUUCCUGCAGCCCCAAUGUAAAUUUCUGCCAUGAAGAGAAGGUACGUCUAAAGUGGCCUGUGCCUUUAAGAGCACACGGUCCUUGUUCUGUUAAGUAGGUACACCUGAGGCCUCAGGCCCACUGUCAGAACUUUGGAACAGGAGGAGGCCAUUCAGCCCCUCGAGGCUGUUCCAUCAUUCAGUUAGAUCAUGGUCGAUCUCCUACCUUAACUCCCAUCCACAUGCCUUGAUUCCAUAGACCCUUAAGACACUUGCCUAACAACAAUCAAUGUCUCCAUUCUCAGUUGAUUCCUUCCUCAGCCUCAACAGCAUUUCUAAGGGAGGGAGUACCAGAUUUCCACUACCUUUUUUUUGCAUGAAGAAGUGCUUUCCGACAUCACCUCUUCCCCGCACACCCCACCCCCCUCCCCAUCCCCAGCCCCUGAAUGGCCUUGGCUCUAAAAGUGACUCACCCCCCCGCCCCCCCAAGGAUCACCAGCUUGAAGACCUAUGUGUUAAACACGGGGCAAUUUGGAUUCUAUGCUGGAAACCGUAGAAUCAUAUACUACAGAAGAAGGCCAAUCGGCCCAUUGUGCCUGUGCUGGCUCCUGGAAAGAGCUAUCCAAUCAGCUAACCACACCCCCUGCUCUUCUAAAGCCCCCACCCCCCGCACCCUGCAUAUUCCUGCAAUUAGAAAUGAAUGAGAAAGAGUUGAUCCUUUUCCAGUCAGCUAGGUCCAGUGGGCUGCGUGACAUCAAUAGAAUGCAGGAUAUGAAAGUAAUAGGAAGCAAAGUAACUCACAGCAGCUCCAAGCACUUGUGAUCUAAGCACUCUCUGGCUGAUCAGAAACAUUUUGAUGUGCAUAAUGUUUAUUAAUGAGCUUGUUGAUAUUAAUGAGCGUAAGAAUUUUCAUGAACGAGCAGUCCCCCCAUGCACUGGAAACCUGCUAGCACAGCACUCCCACCCGGAGCCUGCUUUGCUCCAACCAGGGGCUCUUGCUCCCCGUAAGGACUCUAUUCUGCUUGUGCAAUGAAGUGGGAUUCGCUAAUUGGGAAGUUCCCGCUGUUGUCCACUUGGCAGCAGAGUAUUAAUAGGCGAGAAUGUUUCAGUAAUGAUUCUGUUGGCUGUUGCUCAAUGUUAAUGUCAUUCCAAUGGAGAAAAAGCUUUUUUCCCCCAUGCAUUUUAACCCAACACAUUUUUAUGGUGAGAUGGCUUAGCCAGUCUGAUGAGCUGAGCUCAGAGUGACAUUGUCUAAUUCACCUUAAACCCAGCACAAAAUCUUCCCUUUGGGAUGCAUCACUUUUGCAGAUGCGGUAGGGGCAUUGGAAAAGUGGAACAUAGACCAGCUCCUCCAACCUGCUGUCUGGUGCCUGCUCCACUGGCAGGACAGGUCCAGGAACAUUGAGAAUUGCAUAUAAACCAGUCUACCCCAAGGCUAGAGUCAGCGUGCUCAUGGAUGUUAUCACUGGUGACUAACUGGUAUUAUCCCCUCCUCCUCACCUCCCUCAGUGGUUAGGAGAGUGUGCCCAUCACAAGCAGUACCUGAUCAAUAUUGGAUCCGUGAAGUAAGGGUUGCUGUGACCCCACCUGUAUACUGGCUGGCACUGUGCUGCAGUGUCAAUGUCUGUCUUGAAAUUUUUUGUGAUUGUAAAAUGUAUGAUUGUAAUUUGCUUCAUUAAAACAAUGACCCAAUCAUUAACACAG